AUGUCUUCACAAGGUACGAAACGUCCUAGAGAAGAGGACCACCCUCCCGAAGCUUCACGCCCUCGCAAGCGUCCUGGAGGAGCUGCUCGUAUUUCAAAAGCAGACUCAGAAGCCGUUCUACAGAGACAGCAGCAACGAGCAGAAGAAGACAGGCACGCGGCUGCUACUAGGGGAGUCGAAGAAGUCGUGAGGCAGCAUUACAAUGCCGUACCUCAGCGGGGGAGGGAAUGGCGGAAGACGGACAGCCGAAUCAAGGGACUACGAAGCUUCAAUAACUGGAUCAAGAGCACUAUCAUACACAAAUUCUCGCCGUGUGAGUCUGGGAGAGAACCUUUGCCGUUACGAGUAUUGGAUAUUGGUUGUGGCAAAGGUGGUGAUCUUGGCAAAUGGCAACAGGCGCCGCAACCAGUCGAGCUCUAUGUGGGGGUUGAUCCGGCAGAAGUGUCGAUUGAUCAGGCAAAAGAGCGGUUUUCACAAAUGCGAUCAGGUGGAGGCAGGGCCAGCAGAGGCGGCAGAGGAGGUCGAGGAGGCUACCAAGGAGGGAGACCACAAAGGACAUUCGAUGCCGAAUUCUUUGCAGAGGAUGCCUUUACCUACUCUCUGGGAGACAUACCCAUUAUACGCGAAGUUGGAUUUGGGCCUGGCUCUCGCUGGGGUCCUGGUGGCGGCUUCGACGUCGUUUCAAUGAUGUUCUGCAUGCAUUACGCCUUUGAAAACGAAGCAAAAGCCAAAGGAAUGUUGGCAAAUGUGGCUGGUAGCCUUAAAAAGGGGGGAAGAUUCCUUGGGGUCGCACCAAACUCGGAUGCCAUACGCUUAGGGGUAGAGACCUUUCACGAGCGUCAAGCUAAAGCUGCUGCUAGCAAUUUGAAUGGGAAGCCCAGAGGCACGGUAGAUGGCAAAAGCAACGCUGCACUCAGCUCAACGGCGUCUCGAGUUCCAGCAAGUGCUAGUCAAGAAACACAAGCUCCAUCAUGGAAACGUAAAGCCGUUGAUGAGGUGGACGGUGAACCAACCGCGAAGAAGGUCGAGCGGUCUGAUGAAUCGAACUCCAAGACGGAAAUUGCAGCUGCUAUCAACGUCCUCACCGAGCCGCCAUCGGAUCCACCAUUCAAUGGCGAGAAUUUCGAGCCGGAGCAUAAGAAGUUAAACGACCAAAAAAUUGACGCCGCUGCUGAUAAGAAAGACAGUCGCACCGAAUCUGAUCCAGAGUCCAAUGUACCCGAGGGUGAUCAGCAACCACUUGUCGCGGAAUGGGGCAAUGGCAUAUAUCGAGUCCGUUUUCCUGGCAAUACGCCCACCGAUGGUAUCUUCCGACCCCCGUACGGAUGGAAGUAUAGCUAUUUUCUGGAGGAGGCGGUGGAAGAGGUCCCAGAAUACGUAGUUCCCUGGGAGGCCUUCCGAGCUAUAGCAGAAGACUACAACCUUGAACUGCAAUACCGAAAGCCUUUCACCGAAGUCUGGAACGAGGAAAAAGACUCUCCGGUCUUUGGACCUUUGAGCGAACGUAUGGGUGUGAGGGGCAGGGAUGCGGGACCGCUGCUAGUCAGUGAUGAGGAAAUGGAGGCUGCAAGCUUUUAUCAUGCAUUUUGCUUCUACAAAAUCUGA